AAGCCAACGGUUGACCAAUCCGAGCCAUUAUCCUAGCAGCUUCCGUGUCGCUGAAGCAAUCAAGCACACGCUGUAUGUACUUUUCAAGUGUUUCAUCACCGAGACCGACGUCCGACUGCAAGCUGUAACUUCCCAACCCAUCGUUACAUACAAAAAGAUGCGCACUAGUGUGUCGCAGAUGAUGGAUCCCCCAUAGGUCGAAAUUCCCCGCUGUAUGGAACGUGGCAGAUGGUCCACUUACUUCGUCAAAAUCGAACGUGAAUCUGCAAGCUCUCUGCCUGAGGCUGAAGCAGCCUAGCAUGGAAGGCGAUCCCAGAUCGUGGAAAUCUUGCUUUUUGCCCAUUCGCCGCUCGAUGCUUUUUCUAGUCGUCGUGGUCCUUCCCGUAACACUGGUCUGUAUGGUUUGCGCGACCACUACUCCCAAAGAUCGAUGGUUGCCGAUAAGUUUCUGGAACAAGGAGCUUCUCGAUACUCUUCAUGACCGUUACAGUCAUACAUCAUCAGCUUCCCAAUCAUAGAUUUCUGCUUCUCGGAGCCCACAUUGAGGUUUUGGCGACUAACGUGGAAGUGCCGCUCCAAGUUGUUGCCUUCCUUGCACCUGAGUAUGGCACUCCAUACGUGGCCCCAUUAGCGCUUGUCACGUACAACGAGGCUCAGAAAUCCUGUCUCCGGCUUGCAACUACUGAAGCUGUGGAAGUGUUUAUGCCGGACAUCAUGUGGGUGCCAGCAUUCCAAGUCAUUGGUACGGUCGAAGAUCGUCUAGCGCUGGUAUCGCUUGCAAUUCUUUAUGCUGCGGAUAAGGAGUUUGAGUUCGUGGAGCAUAGGGUUCCUGUCAUUGUUUGGUGUCGGGUCCAUCUGGCGAAGAUGGUGAAGCGGGAUGGGACGAAGAAGCGAGAAGCCGAGCACGUAUUGCAGCUGAAGCGGGCCCAAGCACAAAUGGUCAACCAGGCUGUCUCAGUUGAUCAGGCGGAACAAACUUCGCAGCCUGCAGCGAAGCGCGCAAGGCUCGACAAUGUAUCCAGCAACGACGCUGCCCUUAUCCCAGCCCCCUUCUGCGCUAGCUCUUGCACCUGCCAGCCAACUACUGAGCCGCAAUGGCCAGCUCACAAACGCACAGGCGCGCCAGCAAGAGCAGCUGUUUGUAUGGUAGAGCCAGAACACAGAAGCCUAGAGGAUGAUGGAUGAUGUAUUCCGCGAAGGCAAGGUUGGUACGCAAGAGUAUAUCGAUUUGUUGGCUAGCGUUGAUGCGCGAAAUGAGCAAACGAA